AUGGCUCCCCCGCGGCAGCGCACGACUGCCAUUCAGGAUGACUCUCGCUCUGAAGGCUCCAGUACGACUCGAGAGCACAAGACGACGACGGCGAAAGGCCGCAAAGGCAAUACCUCGUUAGCAGCGACCUCCGUUUCGGUGCGCGAGACUAAGACCACUGUGAAUGUCACCAGCGCCCCCGCUAAUGGUGACCAACACGACAGUCAGCCCAAAAUGCAUUGGCCCGAGAUGCCCCUCGAGAUCCUUCAUUCCUACCGGCAUGCUUACAAACUCUCCUCCCCGAGCGCUUUCAACAGCGAAUACUCCCGCCUUCUACUUUCCAAAGGCAUUGGCCUCCGAUCGCCGACAUCUAUUGCUGCCCAGCGUGCCCAUUCGUCUAAUUCCGACAAGGAUCCGAAAACGAACGGGUCCCACGGUACCAAGAAGACUCUGCAGCCCGGCACCGACGGCCCCAAUGGCACCUCCGCGAAACCGUUGACUGGUCACCGACUCGAUAGAAAGAACGCGUUGAACCAGAUCUGCAGUCAGGAUCGCGUGAGCAAGAAUCAGCUUGCGGUGACUGUUCGCAAACAUUUCAACAGUGCCGGGCUAGCGGAGCAAGAGGCAAUCGCUCGGUUCUUGUACAAAGUCCGCGAGGAGGGCCGAGGUCGACAUUUCCGUCUGAGGUUUCAGCCUUGA